AAGAAAUUAAAUUCCUCGCGGGGCCGACGGACCGCUUGCACCGCUGGCCGCCGACGAUGGACGCAGUCCACAUUGAGUCGCUCAAGAGCAGGCUCCAGGGCCUGCGGAUUCCCGAGCUCAAGGUCAUCAUGAAGGUCAUGAGCUUGAGCUCGUCGGGCCGGAAGCAGGAGCUCGUCGACCGCAUCUACGACAAGGUCGCGUCCUACCAAACAGGGCUGGCGCAGCAGGCGAGCCAGUCCGAGACGCACGCGACGUUUUACAAGCAGCAAAUGGCCAAGGCGAUCGCUGUCAUGAACGAGCAGAUAGGCAUUCGCUCGAGCGAGCGGGGUCUGCAUCAUGUGCCGGAUCGAUCGCCUGUCUACAAGGCGCCGAUCCACGCACCAAACCCAAUUCCGCGCCAUGGCUGGAACGCGCCGUUGCAGAUGCCGCCUAACCUCAUGAACCAGGGACUCUUCCAGCACGAGAUGCGUCCGCCACCAAUGCAUGUCGCUGCGCCGAGUAUCGGGUCGGCGCGCUGCAUGUGCCCCGGCCACGGACAUCUGAGCGCCGGAACGACCAAGUGCAAAUCGUGCACGCUCGUCGUCCACGACAAGUGCCACCUCCUCACGCCCGACACGGGCGACUGGUGCUGCGAGACGUGUCGCUCCAAGUCGUUUGAUCCGUUCUUCAAGGUCCUCGAGACGCUCGGCCAACCGAUUUGUCUGCGCUUCAACAUCCCGCGGUCCCAGACCUUGACGUACGACUUGACACCCAUGGAGUUGGAAGCGCUCCGGCACAAUCAGGGCACAGCCGCCGGCGCCAUUGAGCUCCAACUGCGCUCGUUUGCGCUCAGCCACACCCUUGGUGAGGGCCACGAAUGGCCGACCAUGGCCCAGAUCAGCGUCAAUGGCUACCCCGUCCAGGUUGUCCAGCGAGCCAACCCGGGCCACGCCAACGUCUCCAAGGUGCUUCGAGAGCUGCCACUCAACCUCCUCCCGCACUCGCGGCCGGGGCGCAACGUGGUCGACAUUCGCGGCGCCGACCAGUACGGCCUGAUGUUUGGCAUGCUCGUGCAGCGUGUCGUCCGCGAGUCCCUCGACAGCCUCGUCGAGACUGUCCUGCAGAACUCGACCAAGAUCACGUACGCCGACGCCAAGCAAAACGUGAUCCAGUCGUUUGGGAACGACGACGAUGACGAUAUUGUGGCCAUGUGCACGAUGCUCUCGGUGCGGUGUCCGCUCAGCUUGGGCGUGAUCCAGCUCCCAGCCCGCGGCCUGUGCUGCCAGCAUUUGCAGUGCUUUGACCUCAAGACCUUUCUCAUGUUCAACAAGUCGGCGCGGUCCCGGGCGUGGAAGUGCAUCGUGUGCCACAAGUUUAUCCCGCUGGACGAGCUCCGCAUCGACCCAUUUUUGAAAGACUUGCUGUCGCAAGUGGCCGACGACGACGAGCUCGAAGAAGUCGAGAUCUUUCCGGACGCCACGUGGAAGAAGCGCGUCGAUGACGAGGUCGAGCCCAAGCCCGCAAAGAAGCCAAAGACGGAGGACUCGACCGACGACGAUGAGAGCAAGCGCGCCGUGGACGUGGCCCUCGACGAUUUCGCACCGAUCGUCGACUCGAUCGACUUGACGCUCUCGAGCGACGAAGAAGACGACCCUGCGCCGCCACGUACGCACGCCGCGCGAGACGACGGACCCCAAGCAGCAAGUGGCGGUGCUGGCAUGUGGGCCGACCAAUGGGACGGCCUGCGCUUUGCUGCGACGGCGUUUGGCAUGAUCCCGCCCGAUGUCUGGAACGACGACCAGCCGCCGCCCUUUGCCGGUGACGCGGCCGCCGCCAUUGACGUGCUCUCGUCGCCUGUUCCGGCGAUGAACCUGGAUCCGCUUCCGUUUGCUCCGAUGGAGAUGGCCCCGGCGACGCCGCCGCCGCAAGGAACGGGCGUCGCUAGCCCCGGUAAUACCUAUGCGUCACCACCGCGGUCGCCGGCAGCCAUGAUGUCGGGCGACGCAUCUGCGAACGUCGGCGCCGCCAUGGCGCCGCCCGCAGUACCCUUCACACCACCGCCCACCGAGGCCCACCGAGUACCAGCCGCACCUCCGUCAGCCAGCACCGCCAGCAUCGACUACGACGACGACGACAAUGAAGAAAGCAAACCGGCUCCAAUCGUGGCGCCGAGCCCGGCGUCGCCGCCACUGCCGGCCAUGGGUGCCUUGCUCUCGGACGACGAGAACGACGAAGACAACUUUCUACCGCCGAUCGCAUGGCCCCGCCAAGCUGGCGCGUCGCGUCCACAGCGCCGACGACUCAUGCGCGGCGACAUACCUCGCCCAGUGACCCCUCGAAGUAGCCAUAGUAGAAGUAGCAGCUCCAACGCACUGCCCGAGAUCAUUUGCCUCGACUCGGACAGCGACGAAUAAGAAAACCAAGAAGAUGACGAGAAACCCGUGAGUCACGGACGGUGGUGCUCGG